AGAUUUUUGCAUUACCUCAUUUUGUUCAGUUUACCCAAAUCAAUUUUUUCCUUAUAUUUACAAAUAUAUUAGCUAGCUAUCAACAUGAUCCGCAGGGGGCUUUGGUUACACAAUUUGGUUCCAUCUUUUAGAGUUGGUGCUUCUUCCUCUUCCUCCACUUUAUUCAAGCUGGGAUAUCCUUACAAUAACUCAGCACCUUAUUAUGUGGAAUCCUCAAAACAAUCAUGUGAAUUAUCCAGUAAGAGUGAUAAGGAUACAAACGAAAUGGAUUGGGAUAAUCUGGGAUUUAAGCUAAUAACAACUGAUUACAUAUAUUCCAUGAAAUGCACCGAAGAAGGAAAUUUUGAACAAGGACGAUUAAGUUUACAUGCCAAUAUUGAGUUGAGUCCUGCUGCAGCAAUUUUAAAUUAUGCACAGGGAGUAUUUGAAGGGACAAAAGCACAUAAAAAAGAAGAUGGAGGUUUGCUUCUUUUUCGUCCUGACCAAAAUGGAGUUCGAAUGAAGAUUGGAGCUGAAAGGAUGUGCAUGCCCUCGCCUUCGGUUGAUCAAUUUGUUGACGCCGUCAAGCAAACCGCUAUCGCUAAUAGGAGUUGGGUGCCACCAAGUGGAAAAGGGUCCCUUUAUAUUAGACCUUUGUUGAUGGGAACGGGUGGUGCGUUAGGGGUGGCCCCAGCUCCUGAUUACACUUUCCUUGUAUAUGCUUCUCCAGUUGCCAACUAUUUCAAGGAAGGUUUGGCUCCAUUAAACAUAUAUGUUGAGGAUGAGUUUCAUAGAGCAUCUCCUGGUGGAACUGGACAUGUGAAAGCCAUAUCAAACUAUUCCCCAUGUUUGAAAGCACUUACCAGAGCAAAGAAAAGAGGAUUUUCUGAUGUGUUGUUUCUGGAUUCGAUUCAUAACAAAUAUGUAGAAGAACUCUCAACCUGUAAUAUAUUUAUUCUCAAGGGAAAUCAAAUUUCAACGCCUGCUACAAAUGGUACCAUACUUCCAGGAGUUACUCGAAGUAGUAUCAUUGAGAUUGCACGUGACUAUGGUUACAAGAUUGAGGAGCGUGAGAUUGAAGUGGAUGAAGUGAUGGAAGCAGAAGAGGUAUUUUGUACAGGAACUGCUGUUGGUGUUGCUUCUGUUGGUUCCAUUACAUAUCACACCAAAAGAGUCGAAUUUAAAACAGGUGAUCAGACAGUGUCCCAAAAACUCUACUCAACUCUUAUUGGGAUUCAAAGAGGUGUUAUUGAGGAUAAGAAGGGGUGGAUCGUUGAAAUUGAUUAGAGCAAAAUAUUUAUAUAUUGAAAUAACCACAUGAAAGUGUGUACACCCUAAGAAUAAUUUAAAGAGGAGUGCUAAUCACACUUUAUUUUUAUUUUUUUUUACUUUUUUUUUUUAAUAUUUUAAUGUCAAGUAUUAUAUAUCUUUUAUAAUUAAUGUUUAUUUAUACUUAAUAUUA